CACAAACGCAUGAGGAAAUCCCAGAUUAGCGAAGAAAAAGCUAAAAAUAACCCUUGAUCCCUUUUAUCAAUUAAUUUACCGGAAAACGGGGAAAACGAGAUAACGCCAGGUACAAAAAGGGAAUUUUUGGCCCUUGCAGCCAGACCCUCGCUUGCUGAUCAAGAUUGCGAAAAUGCGCGCUAAUUGGGGCAAUGCCGCCGUGCUUUUGACUGUGUUGUUUUUCCACGCGGUUAUUGCUUUCCCUUCAAGACCAGACGAGCGCAGUCUUGCGAAUAAUGAGAAGUAUCAGCUGUUGAAGGAGAUUCUGCCGGCGCUGAGGGAGAUGGCAGCCGAGGACAAGUUCCAGGAGGAGAAGAGGAAUAACCAGGAGAUUAUGACGGCCUUUGGCAACAUGAAGGAGUUGAGCGAUAUUUUGAGGUCCGGGUAGUUCAAGAGGAUACGAUUUGGAUGUGAAUAAACUACUGAAUGAAUCGAAA